AUGGUUGGAGUCACAAGGAGAAAUAGAAUAAGAAACGACUACAUAAGAGGUACAGUGGAAUUAUUGGAAAUUUCUGAGAAGAUUCAGGAGGCAAGACUAAGAUGCUUCGGCCAUUUAAGGAGAAGAGCUGGAGAAGAUCACAUAGGAAGAGAAGUCAUGGAAAUGAGAGUACAAGGAAACAAGGAAGAAGAGGAAGACCUAAAACACGAUGGAAAGAUUAUCAAGGGGUACGUUUUGCAGUACUGUGUCCAAUUAACAGCUACACAAUUGGACUGGUUUAAGGCUUGUUACUGGCACAAUCCGGGACCAUCAGCUUAG